UUGGCUACGCAAUCAGAUUUGGAGAACCUACGUAAAGAUUUAGAACAACAACAUACUCGUGAUAAUAAAUUAGAAAAAGAAGGUAGUAAAGAUAAAAAUAGUAGCUUUGUUUCUAUUGAAACUCAAAUAAGAAACGAUCGAUCACCAGUGUUACUACGUACUUUUGGAGGGGAGAGACCGCGCUCGAUCUUGGCUUCUGUAGCAAAGAGAAGUGUGUCGAGUGAGGACGUACAUAUGCGUAUUGAACGUCCGUCUGCAACUACAAGUUCGAGUACGGUAACAGUGUUAGGCGAGACUGACGAUACGAUAACUAACGACAUAAAUACGUCUGCACCAUUACGUAGCCAAAAAGAGGUUAAUCUGACAACAACUUAUAAGGACGAAGGGUUUGUGCCCGUGUCUUAUAAAAAGACAAAUAGGAAUAGGCAGGGUAGGGCGGCCGUGCAACCACUAGGAGAUUCGCUUAUCCGAGCUGCUCCAAGAUCUCUUUGCUUAUAUGUAUCACGUUUAGACGUUUCAACGACUGCUGAUAAGCUCGAGGAGUAUAUUAAGUGUAAAGGUGAAGAAGCGAUAAGUGUUGAACGUAUAGAACCUUUUAAGAUGACUAACUUUGCUUCUUUUAAGAUGACGACGGCGCAACUUUACACUGAAAUAUUACAGGGCUUAGCUAAAAAUGUUAAUGGAAAGCGUCUACAGCGUGACCACGCUCAUUACUUCUGCGAUAAUGCUGGAGCGCAUUUGAACUGA